AUGGGCAGAAAGGAUAAACAACGUAAGAAACUUCGUGAAUUUGCUAAAUUAAAGGAGAAACAAAGAUUACUCGAGAAUAAAAUACAUCAUGCUACUCCCAAUGGUACCCAAAAGCCAACUUCAGAAUUAAACACUGUACAACAACUGGAACCUGAAGAAAGUACACCUUUGUUAAAAACAUCGAAUCAUGAAACAUCGACUCCCGCCGAGAAGGAAAUGCCAGAUAAACGGGAUUUGAAGUUCCCUGCACCAUCAUUUUCCACUCAAUACAGGAAUAUGGCUCUUAAUAUUCAAGAUGCUUCUGCCGCUCAAGAUCCAGUUCCCCUACCAACAGAGGAGCUCAGACAGCAAAUAACUUCGAGCGAUACUACUACGAUCUACACAGAUAAUAAUACAACUUCUUCAUUAUACGCAAGAACUACAGACGGAUAUGGAUCUAUUCAUGGCCAAUCUAGCAAUACAAGCGAUAUAGAUUUGCAUGUAGAUACUGAAUCUUCGGCCCCACAAGCAGACUUGAUGACUUGUGUUAAAUCUAAGCUACUUUUGACCGUUUUGUCGUUGGGUUUGUUCAUGAUCUUUUUCGAAUUUUCCGCUAUGAUAGAACUAUCUUCAUUUAUACUUUCCGGUUUUGAUAGGUUUUCUCAAUUGGCAUUAUCACUCGGAUCCAGUUUUGCUCUGAUCGGUCUAACCUUGUCGGCAUUAAUUGAGUACCCAAAGCUAUGUACAUUAAAAUCAUCAAUCAUAGCAGGUAAUGUGGCAUUUGUGGUUGGAUCUUUAUUGAUUUUUAAUUCAAAAUUAUACUUCUCAUUUGGUCUUGGUAGGUGCAUAAAUGCAAUCGGUGCCGCACUUAUAAUCUAUACCACAUUUACCACUAAUUUGAUGGCACAUGAAUUAUGCAAGAAAUAUGUAUAUUAUUUGAUUUCCAUGUUAGGAGCCGUUUGUGGUACAAUCACCUCUGGUGUGUUCUGUGAUCUAUGGAGGAAAAUUUAUAUUAUACCAACAAUAUUGGCAAUUAUUCAGAUUGUUUUAUUAUUCUUGUACUUUCCCUUGGAUGACAUUACCAAUAAGGACGAGAUUUCCAUUAGUAGAAAAAACUUACUAGAUCUUCUUCCAAACAUGUUUUCCAUGCUGGCACUAAUUGCCACAUUAAUAUAUCUUCCCGUAUAUUCUACAAUAGUAUGGAAUGAAUCAUAUCUUCAAUUGAGCAUUCGAGUCCUCCCCAUAUAUUUGUCCAUGUUUGCCGUCGUUCUCAUUCAGGCACGUUAUGCCAAGAAAUACAAUACUUCCCUGUUAGGUUCAUUAGUUGGAUUGAUAGGGUAUUAUCAAUUAUAUAGCCUUGACAAGAGUACUCCAGACUGGUUUCAUUUUGUAGCUGGAUGUAUCCCAUUAAUUGGUGUCACAUCCGUCAUUAUGGCCAAUACAAAGAACAUGCGUGAUUUCGCUGUAGGUAUACUAGUAGGUGGGUCAGCAACCAUUAUACUAUGCCAAGGUUUAUUUACAAGAACUCUACAUGACACACUAAGGGACAAUCUAUUAAAGCUACAAUCUGAAGGGUUGAAAAAAAAGGAAUUGUUAAAAAUAUUGGAAAAGACGAUCAAGAACCCUCAAUGGGCCCUGAUCGACGCCCCCGCAAUUACUCGAGGAGCGAUCACCAAUAGUUUCGCUCUCGCCAUACACCAGAUCUUCCUCUCCCUUCUCGUAAUAUCCAUCUUCAUUAUUAUCUCGAGUUGCUUAGUAAGUACCCACAGCGACGACAAUGAAGCACAAUAG